AUGAUCUUUUCAUUCAUUCUAGCCUAUCUGGAACACCUUUCCAAGAGAUGGCCAGAAGUCUGUCUGGCAUCAUUUCUUGGGUACCUCUCUCUUCGGUGCUACCUGACUUACAAAACCCAGAUCAUAGCAAACUGGCCCAUCGUGGGCGGACUCCCCUAUCUUCUCAAGAAUGUUUACCGCUUGCAUGAGUGGUCCGCCGAGCUAUCCACCAUUGGCACCUCCUACUUGUUCAAAGGACCCCUUCUGGGGCGUCAAGAGCUGCUACUCACUUGCGAUCCCCGCAACGUUGAGUACAUCCUCAAGACCAACUUCUCCAACUUCCCCAAGGGUCCAGAGUACUUAGAAACCUUGGAAGUACUUGGACAGGGGAUUUUCAGUGUGGACUCUGAUUCAUGGCAUCAGCAACGAAAAAUGGCGAACAAGGCAUUUGGGGCCAAGGAUUUCAGGAGCUCCAUCGCCACCAUGAGCCAGAAGGUGGUGGAGGAUAAGCUCCUCCCCUUGCUGAAGCACCUCCAAGCACAAGUCUGUACCAUAGAUUUGCAAGAUGUACUUCUGAGGUACUCGUUCGACAGUAGUUGCGCUAUCAUCCUGGGAGAAAUCCCUGGAUCUCUUUCUCCAAGCCUUUCAUCCAAUGAGUUUUCCCAAGCCAUUGACGACGCAAGAGAAGUCAUCUUCUUCAGGAACGUGAUGCCCAGAAGAUGGUGGAAGCUUUUGCGUUCGUUGAGGAUGGGAAGAGAGAGGGAAGUGGCUAGAAUAUUAAAAACUCUGGACCAAUACAUGGCGCAUUACAUUUCAUCAAAGAGAGAAGAUCUGCUCAGAGGAGUGGAAGCAAAUGAUCUUCUAGCAACUUACAUGAAGUUUCAUGAAGAUAGGAACGAUAUGUCACUAAACGGUGAUAAGUUCCUCAGAGACACAGUCUUAAACUUCAUCUUCGCCGGACGCGAUACAGUUGCGUCGGGCCUUACAAUGUUCUUCUGGCUGGUUUCAAAGAACCCACGAGUGGAGAAGAAAAUCAUGGAAGAACUGAGGAUUCUGCAUGCAAAGAAUGUGGCCGACAGUAGCCGUUUGAUGAAACCCAACGAGCCAUGUAUAUACAGAUUAGAAGAUUUGAGGUCGCUGGUGUAUUUGCAGGCAGCAUUGUAUGAAUCCAUGAGGCUGUAUCCUCCAGUUCCUCUGAACCGCAAAGGGGUGCUGAAGGAAGAUGUGCUUCCUGAUGGUAAUGUUGUUCGGCCUGGAAUGCAGAUCACCUUCUCCAUUUAUGCAAUGGGAAGGAUGCAAUCGAUAUGGGGGGAAGAUUGUCUGGAAUUCAAGCCCGAGAGAUGGUUUGGUGAUGACGGUAAGUUAUUGUCUGAAUCCAAAUUCAAGUAUUUUGUGUUCAAUAUCGGACCAAGAACUUGCAUUGGCAAGGACAUGGCUAUCACGCAGAUGAAGUUGGCUGUAGCUGCCAUUCUUUUCAAUUUCCAUGUUGAAGUGCUUGAUGGUCAAUCUGCCUCCCCAAAACCAUCAACAAUCCUUCAACUCAAGAAUGGCCUGAUGGUGAAGAUCAAACACAGGGUAGCUUAA